ACAGUUCCGCAAUGAUGGCACCGACUCAUAAUUAAACAUGAAGUGGUACCAUCGGAUAGCGGUGGUCCUGCUGUACGCGCACCUAGGCAGGACGCAGGAUCCGGCAGUCCGGCCGGUCGGCGUUGCGUACUUGAUAGACGCGGUGUCGCAGGACAGGAUUCCGCAGGAGUUUGUUGACGAUGACAUUAGCAACAAUAUCCCUGAAGACAGCCAGAAGCCUGGGCACCGUUUAUUUCUGAUAAGACCUAUUCCCAUAGAUCAAGCCGGCGAUGGGGUUUAUUUUAGACCAGAGAACGGACUACCCCUAAAUCAGCCUCAGCGCUUAACAGCGUUGCCUCCAAAAAUACGCAAACGCAGGUCCUACGGAACGGGAGGCAGCUACGGAAGCGGCGGUAGCGGAGGUGGUUUCGGGGGCGGUUUCGGUGGCGGUGGUGGCGGAGGUGGAGGUGGAGGCGGCGGUUUUGGAGGCGGAUUCGGCGGAGGUUCUGGAGGCGGCCUCGGCGGUGGUUUAGGCGGCCUCGGUGGACUCGGGGGCUUGUUUGGCGGGCUCGGAGGCGGAGGAGGCAAAGGUGGAGGCUUCGGCGGCGGCGCCGGCGGUGGCGGACUGAGCGGAGGUAGUUUCGGCGGUUCCAGUAGCGGCGGAUACGGUGGCAGCAGUGGCGGAGGUCACGCUGGAGGUGGCGGAUUAGGUGGAGGUGGUGGACUGGGCGGAGGAGGCGGAUUAGGUGGAGGCAGCGGCGGAGGUCUCGGUGGUUCUGGAGGUCACGGAGGAGCAGGAGGUCACUCUGGAGGUGGUGGUUUUGGAGGCGGAGGCGGACUAGGUGGAAGUAGCGGCGGAGGUCUCGGUGGUGCUGGCAGCCACGGAGGAAGCGGAGGUCACGCUGGAGGCGGUGGAUUAGGUGGAGGUGGGGGCCUAGGUGGCGGCGGAGGGUUGGGAGGCGGAGGUGGUCACGGUGGCUACGGUGGCGGUGACGACGGGUUCGCCACAGGAAGCGUUAAUAUUAUAGGAGGUGGUAACGGUGGCGGCCUAGGAGGCGGACAUGGGGGUGGUCUGGGAGGCGGGGGUGGCUUAGGGGGAGGUUCGGGAGGUUUCGGAGGAAGCGGAGGAGGAUUUGGCGGUUCUGGCGGUUACGGCGGCUCUAGCGGUGGCGGUCUCGGAAGCGGUGGUUUUGGAGGAGGCAAAGGCGGUGGAGGAGGAGGAGGUCUUGGAGGCGGCGGCGGGGGAGUUCUCGGAGGCGGCGGAUUCGGCGGCCACGGAGGUGGAGGUUCCGGAGGAUACGGCGGAGGAAGCUCCGGCGGGGGAGGUUUCGGAGGUGGCGGUCACGGCGGAUACGGCGGCGGCAGUCACGGGGGUUUCGGCGGCGGACCGGGCGGAGGUUGCGGUGGUGGUUGCGGGGGCGGUGGAGGCGGAGCUAGCGCGCACGCGUCCGCCUCGGCGUCGGCGUCCGCCAAAGCGGGAAGCUACGGGAAGUAAACUUAUUGUGAUGUAAUUUUUUUAAGCAGUGUAAAUAAAUUUUUUUAAACACGU